AUGGCCGGCCUCUCUCUCAAGUCUACUUACAAGCUUGUCUCGGGCUACAAGAUCCCCGUCGUCGGUUUCGGUGUCGACAGCGCCAAGGUCUACCGGAAUGAAGUCGAAAGUGCCGCCGCUAUCCGCAAGUCCGGACUUGAUCGGUCGCAGAUUUUCUACACGACCAAGGUCCCCACCACUAUGAUGGGUUACGACAAUGCGAAGCAAGCUAUCACAGAGAGCAUUGCUGCCGCCAACCUUGGCUAUAUCGACCUAGUCUUGAUUCACGCGCCCUAUGGCGGCAAGGAGGCACGCCUUGGUACAUGGCGCGCCCUGGUUGAGGCCCAAAAGGCAGGCCAUAUCCGUUCCAUUGGUGUCUCCAAUUUUGGCAUCAAGCAGCUGGAAGAAUUGGAGGAGUAUAUCAAGGGCGGUGGUGGUGGUGAAAUUUCCGUCGGCCAGUAUGAGAUUCACCCUUGGUGCCCGCGUGAUGAUGUCGCCGAGUGGCUGCAGAAGCGUAAUGUUAUCGUCGAGGCGUACUCGCCCCUUGUUCAGGGUACUCGUAUGAAGGAGCCGGUUCUCCAGAAGCUGUCCAAGAAGCACGGAAAGAGCCCCGCCCAGAUUUUGAUUCGCUGGAGCUUGCAGAAGGGAUAUGUUCCCCUGCCCAAGUCCGUCACUGACUCGCGUAUUGCUGAGAACUCGCAAGUCUUCGAUUUCACCUUGUCGGAGGAGGACAUGGCGAGUCUGAAGCUGGAUGAGUAUGCGCCUGUGUGCUGGGACCCGGUUCGCGACUGCAAGAUCUAG